UUUUUUUUUUUUUUUUUUUUCUUCCUCUUCAGUGGCAGUAGCAGGUAGUUUCUGCUUUUGUCGGGGGAAGGUGGGCUCGAGGUGCUGCCUUCGUUCAGUCUGCUCGCCAGUUUUCCAACAAAGCACACCUCUGAUCCACCAGAAACGGAGUGAGAUUAAAUAACAUUAGUACAAAAAAAUGAGUGGCUUUUUUCCGUUGAAUAUGAAAGACAUUCCCGGUGGUAACUGGCAAGGUGUCCGAGUAACAGCUGACAUCGGAGAUACUGAUGGAGAAAAUCCGGAAAGUAGCAGGCAGAAUAGGAAAAGCAUGUGCUCUGAUUACGGAUUUUCUGACAACCUCUUUGAUAAUGAUGAUGAUGUGGAAUUGGGAGACUGGAAGCCCCCAGAUUCUGAACUUGUUCAAAAGAUGGUCUCUCAGAUUGAAUAUUACCUAUCUGAUGAAAACCUUGUCAAAGAUGCCUUCUUGCUGAAACAUGUCAAGAGAAACAAGCUGGGUUACGUGAAUAUCAAGUUGCUGACUUCGUUCAAAAAGAUGAAGCUUUUGACAAAAGAUUGGCGGACGACUGCUUUUGCUCUGCGUCACUCAGCUAAGCUGGAGCUGAAUGAGGAAGGUAAGAAGGUGCGUCGGAAAAUUCCGGUCCCAGAGACACUGCUCAUGCAGGUGCCAAGCAGGAUUCUCUUGGUGUGGAACCUGCCAGAGCCAUCUGCCACCAGAGACCUCCCCACCAAAAAGAAUGGCAUUGAAUCAGCUAUUGCUGUCUUUGGCACUUUUGGUACUAUAAGUACAAUCAGGAUCCUUCGACCUGGGAAAGAGCUACCCACAGAUAUAAGGAAGUACACCUACAAGUACCCUGAUCUGGUCUCCACGGAGUGUGUUUUAGUGGAGUAUGAAGACCUAGAGGCAGCUGGUAGAGCUUACCGUGAGCUUUCCAAGACUGACAGCACUAUGAAGGUGGUUCUUGUAGGGAAGGGUUCAAGGAAGACCACCACACUGGAUGCAAGUGAUGCAGAAGAGAAGUCUGAUCCGAAAGGCAUGGCGAUAAUCAACCAGAGGAUGGAGCAACUGCAGUAUGGAGGUGAAGAUUCAUCUGCCUACAGCUCUUCAGAAUCUGGGUUUGCUUCAUCUCCUAUGCCAACACCAGGGUGUUAUCAAGGCCUGAGCCCUUACAGCACCCUCCAUAGCCUUGGGGUUUCUCCCAGGUCCAGCCCAUGGACCAGCUCUAGCCCCAGGAUCCUGCACAUAACCCCGACAGCCCACCGCAUGUCCCCGCUGUUGGCUUCAGAGAUGUGGAGAAGCCCAGAUACCAGCCCAGAGCCAUGCAGGAGGAACCUAGAUUACUCCUCUGACAGCAACAAUACCACAGGGAGCCCCUGGGUUCAUAGGCGCAAGCUGGCAGCAGCUAGGGCUGCCUCCUCCCAGGAAGGAAGCCCGAUGCAGAGCCCACUGAGCCCAUUGGUGUUGAAGAGGGCCAUGAAUGGGGAUCUUCCAUCUGGGGUCCUCCGCUUCCCCUAUGGCCCAGAUGGAACUAAAGGGUUCCAUAAUAGUAUUGGGAGAGGAAGAGUUGUCUUUAAAUAAGGAUAUCUAUCUCUCUCAGAGAAAAGGCAGUGUCAGAUCAACAAUGUCCUAGCAAGCAGGUCAUUUAAUACCCAGAAAACCAAACUGACACAUUCAUAAAGUGUGGGUGUUUGUGCGGAGUGUUGGUUUGGCUCUGUGGGUGCAAUAUGUUGCCAGUGUUUUGUUUCUCUCUCUCUUUCUUAAUUUUUUUUUAAAAAUGUGUAUUUAUAGUUUCUGUGACAUAUACAGAAGUUAAGGCCCUGUAAAGAAGACACCUUUAGUGUGCAAAUGUUUAAUUGGUUAAUGAUUCACCUUUAACAAUUUAUUUAUUUUUGAGAAAUGCAAAGUACUCGGAGCAUGGUGUAAAGUUUACUCAGAUGUAGUUGCCUCAAAGUUAAUGUACUUAAAUCUGUAUGUGUCCUGUACUUAGGAUUGGCCAUGUAGCUUGUUAGUAGGCCAAUCAAUUGCAAAUAUUGUAUAUUUCGCAGACCUGUAACUUUGGGUGGAGGAGGACAGGGGGUGUGUGUUCCCAGUAACAGAAGUGCCUUGAAUGGCUAAAUCAACCUAAAAUGUAGUGUUCAGUGGGGACCAUUAGAACCAAAUGGGACACAUGCCAGUGCAUUGAGUUUCUAAAUACUUGCAUUUCUUGUGAUGGCAAAAGAAAUUGGAAAAGUUGUGUAUUGAAAUGUGUGUUUCUGGCUUGUUGCUAUAUUGUUCUAUAAGUUUGGAUAUUGUUUGUUUUGGAAAUCGCAUGUCAAAUGGCGAACUUCAGUUGCUAUGAAAUCUAUACAAUGCAUUUCAUUGGAUUAAAAUCUGUAUUUAAAAUAAUAAAAUAAAGUGGAUAAAAUAAACUUUCAAACAAGCCUGAAGUUUGCAUUUCUUUUCACAUCAAUAGCGUCCUUGUAAAUGUUGUGUAUUAAGUCUCUUGAAUUUCAGUUCCCAGAGAAAUGUAACAAAGUAAUUUUAAACUGACAGGA